AUGGCUCACCGAACUUUUCAUCCCCUGGACCCACCUCUUCACACAACUGUUAAAGAUGAUCGCGGGUUCAUCCAUCAUAUUACCGGCAAGCUCCUGUGUCCUGCAGAGUAUAUUUGGUCUCUCAACUCCCAGGAUAGGACCAAAGAGAAGAUCAGAGACAGGGAUCCUGACUUCCUUGUCACAGCUUACUCUUGGCCGGCAUUCUUAUACACAGACUACACUUUUGACUCCAGCAACAUUGAAAAGGGGCUUUUCAUUCAGCUCUGCUUCUCAAAGCCUUCAAACAUCUAUUCACAUCUCCAUCUUCUGCCAAAGAAGUCAAAGGCGAUGGUGAUGGUCCUGGCGUCUGUCAUUUUUAUCAGGAGGACGCUUUGA